UCAUUAGAAGUCGGAGGAUGAGCUUGUCUGGAGCUUGCUGCAGCCUGCACUGAGCGCCUCAACACAGCUGGGAGUUACACAGCAACCAUGAGUACAACCACUAAGAAAUCCUUGGAGAGCAAGCUACAGCAGCUUAAAUGCCAUUUCACCUGGAACUUGAUAGUGGGAGAUGAGUCCUUGGAUGAGUUUGAGGACAAGGUAUUUAACAAGGAUGAGAUUCAGAACGAGUGUACAGCCACUAUGUGCAACCUAUUGGCCUAUGUAAAGCACCACAGAGGUCAAACUGAGGCAGCGCUGCAGUGUUUAGAGAAAGCUGAACGCUACAUCCAGCAACAGCACCCUGACCAAGUAGAAAUCAGAAGUAUAGUCACCUGGGGAAACUAUGCUUGGGUUUACCAUGACAUGAACCAACUUGAAAAAGCUCAGGCUUAUCUUGACAAGGUAAGACAGGUCUGUGAGAAGUUUUCCAGCCCCUACAGGAUUGAGAGUCCUGAGCUUGACUCUGAGGAAGGGUGGGCCCGAUUAAAGUGUACCCGAAACCAAAAUGAGAAAGUGAAGGUGUGUUUUGAGAAGGCUCUGGAAAAGGACCCGAAGAACCCAGAAUUCACCACCGGCUGGGCCAUCUCAAACUACCGUCUGGACAACUGGCCAGCACAGCAGAACGUCAUUGACUCUCUGAAGCAAGCCAUUCGACUGUCUCCUGACAGCCCUUAUAUUAAAGUCCUCUUGGCGCUGAAGCUUGAGACCAUACAUGAAAACCAAGGAAAGGAACUAGUUGAAGAAGCCUUAAGGAAGCCCCCAGGUGUGACAGAUGUACUUCUCAGUGCAGCCAGGUUUUAUUAUAAGACGCAUGAUGAAGACAGAGCUAUACAGUUGCUUAGAAAGGCUUUAGAAUCGCUGCCAAACAAUGCCUAUGUGCAUUACUAUAUUGGGUGCUGCUAUAGGUCAAAAGUCCUUCGAAUAGUUCACACCAGAGAAACUGCAUGCAAUGGGAAUCAAGAGGAGUUACAGGAACUAGCAAUUAAACACUUGAGGAAAGCAGAGGAGACCAAGGAGAUGCUCGAAAAUUCCUGUAGCCACCUUGCUGGUCUUUAUGCCAUGACAAACCAGUACACAAAAGCCGAUUAUUACUUCCAGAAAGGAUUGAAGAAAGAGCUUACUCCUGACCUUAAACAGUUGCUCCACCUGCAGUAUGGCAAUUUUCAGUUUUUUCAAAUGAAGUGUGAAGACGAGGCCAUCCACCAAUAUAUGGAGGGUGUGAAAAUAAGGCAGAGGACAAAGCCUAAAGAAAAGAUGACAAACAAACUUGAAAAAAUUGCCCUAAGGCGACUUUCUGAAAAUGAAUCUGAUCCCAAGGCCUUGCACAUCAUGGCGUUUCUUCAGGAGUUGAGUAAAGAAAGGCAGCAAGCUGCUAAAGAUUCUGAGAGGCCUGUUUUUCCAGCAUCUUUGCAAGCGGAAGGGAAUGAAGAGUGGUGACCUGGUACCCACAAGGCUACUAUUGGAAAGAAACUGAAAACAGUUACCAAGUAGCCAUUCAAAAUAUUUAACAGCUUCAAGUUCUAAGUAUGUACUAACAGACUGACUAUACUAUUUGUCAGGGAUAUUGGGAACCCUGCUAUCAGAUGUUAGCACCUGAAUAGCUGGAUCAGGUAAGGGGUCUGAGGAAGGGACCAGUCAGGGGCAUAAAUACAGAGGCCUGGAAAGCAGCCUAGAUCUCUUCCUGUUUCUUAGAAAUAGUGUCUAUGUCUUUGGUUGUAAGCCUAGCCUUUAACGGCUGAGCCAUCUCUCCAGCACCAGUGUCAACUUCGUGUCAAGAAAUAGACCAACAUAUAUCGGACCUCACAGUUUUUGGUGUUGUUGUUGUUAUUGUUGUUUGUUUAUUGUACCUUCAUUUAGUUACAAAAGAAAUAAAGAAAGAAAAAAGAAAUAUGUUGGGAGAUGUCAUUAUGUAUAUUUGUUUCUCAUCCUGGUUAAUGAAUAAAGCACUGUUGGCCAAUAGGAAAGGAAGAUAGGAGGGACUAGGAGACAAGGAGGAAAGAGGAAGUAGUAAGGAGAGCCAAGAUGGAGAGUCUGGAGAAGGAAGAACCGCCAGCUGCCUCUCCCUGGUAAGACCAGGUGGAAAUAAAUAGAAAUGGGCUUAAGACAGAGCUAGCGGAUAAGAAACAAGUAACCGGGCCAACAGAAUUAUAUCUAAUACAGAGUCUCAUUGUGUUGUUUGGGGCUGGCGCGGCGGCGGGACCAGACCAGGCGGCGGGAGGAAAAACAUGUACUCAUUACAGAAAUAGUUUUCUAUGGUAGCAUUAUUAAAAUCACCUUCCGUAGAGGCUUGUUUUGUUUGGGUUUCAUUCUGUAUUUAUGUAAAGUGGCCAAAUUCCUCACCUGGGUGAGUUUUCCAUCCCUGAGUUAUUGUAGAUUUUUGCACAACCUCAUUCUACAUAAUAAUAGUGUCCAUCAAAAAGCUGAGGAGCUAUGGACAGUGGAUCAUGACUAUAAUCCCAGCACUUGGUAGCUGAGACAGGAAGAUUGCAGCGAGUCGGUGGUCAGCCUGAGCAUGAUCUGGAAAGGGGGUGGAGGGUGCUCAUAAUUAGACAUGUAAAAAUUUAAUGAUCAGGUACAUUAUCUUGAUAAUUUGUGCAUAUAUAUAUAUACAUUUAUAUACACAUAUAUAUGUAUAUAUAUAUAUAUAUAUAUAUAACCACUAUUAUCACAUAUUUAUAAAACCCAGAAGGUAAUGAUUUUGUUUUACUGUAUAAUUUUGAAAUUUACAAAAUUGUGCUCAAUAUUAUUUGAGCUCAACAUAGAAACUCAAUAGUGCAUUCCAGGUCUAAAAACAAACGAACAACAAAGGCUAAGGGACCAAAUCAAUCCUCCCUCCAUUUUACCAGCCAGUCCUCGAUCUACAGUGUCCCAUAAACGUGAGUUCGAUUGUCCCAUUAUCUCAGAUGGCAGCAUACUUGGAAAAACUGAGACCAGAGAAAGUUAGAAGGGCUGGCUCUAUCUGUGCAAAGUAGUAGAGUCAGGUGGCCACAAUGCCAGACUUCCAGGAGAAACCUGGGGAGACUUCUCCCCCACUCGGCUCUCCCUGUGAGUAUGGUGCACUAAAAUAAGGGCCAUUCUGUCUACCAUAGUGACAAUUGAAAUAAAUAUUUAUUCCAAACUUAUGUGGAAACUCCAUUGGAGACAAAGAGAAUACUAAUUCAUCUUUAGGACAAUUUCUCUGUCAAAUGAAUACUUCCUUUAUUCAAAACGCUAUGAUGAACCCAUAUUACAGAUGCUAGAAGGCCACUGGAUGGAAGAAUAGCUUGGCGACUGAGUGCCUGGUGGAAGGACUUAGCAAAUGGCAUGGGUAUUGUAAGGUGAAGGUUUUCCUCCAUUAGAAAUGUUGCAUACUAAAGUAUAUAAAGACUUUUUUGAACUCUGAAAAAAUACUCAGGAACAUCAGAAAAUUGAUAAUUGACAUUUCCUGAGUAAUUCUUGACUGGCCUAAACAUUAGGGUUGGUGUGAAACAGCAUAGUCAAUGGGCCUAGCCUGAGGCUGUCAGUCACCCUCUGGCAUAGAAAUGUUUCUCUAGUAGGAUUAGUUUGUCUUUGUGUAUAUAGGAACAUUUUAUUCAUCAAUUAAAAUAUAUUAGAUUCAUAGAUUGCUAAAACCGAACAUUCUAAUAGCUGGAACAAUAUUCCAUGUUACUUUAAAUAUUAAAAAGUUUUGUAUGCAUUUAAAUCUGUCAGUAUUUGGCAUUUCUAUUUCUGGAAAAAUAAUAAACUUUUUCAUAAAUAACAUGUUAUAGAACACUAAGCAGUGUCCUGGUUCAAUAAAUUUUUUUUACUGUACUCUUGCUGUUUUAGACUCAAGUACUGGUAAUAAAGAGCAGCAUAGAAGGUU